CACAAUAGAUCCAUAAAAUGAAUCACUGAGGGUUACAGUUAGUUUGUGAUGUGAUGCGCCCGAGUGUCCUGAUUGUUUUGCGCUCAAGGUGGAGUUUUCUGCCACAUCACCGCUACAGCGCGCAGUGCUGAGGCUGUUGUCCUGAAAAGAGCAAGCUUGUCAGGAGCAGGAAGCGGCAGAACAACAACGGAAGCGAGAGCAGUUUUUUGCAUCUCGGGACAAUUUCAGCACUACUUUGUGUGGAGAGGUGUCGAGGAACAUGCGUUCAAUGCGCAGGUGAAAAAAAACAAUCUGCUAAUUUAAGUUCCUCGCUGCUGCAACUUUUCAGUCCUUUACCUUGUGCAGAUUCGGACAAGAUUUGUUUUUUCGUUGUUGUUGUUGUUUGCUUAAGCAAGGAUUCAUAAGAUACUUUUUUGAAAUCUUGAAAAAUGUCUCGCAAGAAGGCUGUCAAAGGCAAAGCCGCAACCAGUAGCCCGUCUGCGGGCAGCCCCACCGGGAAAGGGACCGGGAAAGCUGCAAAGAGCAGCCCGGGCAUUGUUCAGAUGAACGGUGUGGUCCAUCCCAGCAGACCCUCUAUCAGCAACAGCAGCGAGUUUUAUGACAUCGCUUUCAAGGUGAUGCUGGUUGGAGACUCUGGUGUGGGCAAAACAUGUCUACUGGUCCGUUUUAAAGAUGGAGCUUUCCUGGCUGGCAGUUUCAUCUCCACUGUGGGCAUCGACUUUAGGAAUAAAGUGCUGAACAUUGAUGGAGUCAAGGUGAAGCUCCAGAUCUGGGACACAGCUGGACAGGAGCGGUUCCGCAGUGUCACUCAUGCUUACUACCGUGAUGCCCAUGCUUUGCUUUUGCUGUAUGACGUCACCAACAAAUCAUCCUUUGACAACAUACAGGCGUGGCUGACUGAGAUCCAUGAGUACGCCCAACAGGAUGUGGUGCUCAUGCUGCUUGGAAACAAGGCUGAUGCCACACAUGAGAGGGUGGUGAAGAGAGAAGACGGCGAAAGGCUCGCAAAGGAGUUUGGAGUUCCCUUCAUGGAGACCAGCGCCAGGUCAGGUCUCAAUGUAGAGCUGGCUUUCACUGCUGUGGCUAAGGAGCUGAAGCACCGGUCUAUGAAGGAUCCCAGUGAGAAGUUUAAGCUCCAGGAGUACGUAAACAAGGAGAUGAAGAGCACAGGCUGCUGCAGGUCUUAAAGCCUGCCUUAGUCAUUCUCUGGAUCUGUGUGUGUGUAUAUUUAUGUGUGUGUGUGUGUGUGUGUGUGUGUGUGUGUGUGUGUGUGUGUGUGUGUGUGUGUGUGUGUGUGUGUGGCGCAUUCAUGUUCAUACAGUAGGUGUUCAUAUCUAGCCUGAUCAGAGGUGGAGUCAGCUCCAGCGAGGUAUAAACCUUUUUGUCCUUGUUUUUCCGCUCUCAAACCUCCCCGUCUCCGUCCACACAACCGCCAUCUGUCAUCUUGCACUCCUUUCACUGCCCUACUCCAUCUUGUGUGUCCUGCUUUUUCCUCACCCACCUCCUUCUGCAGCUGCGAAUGUAGCCCCAGGUUAUGGUUUGCAAAAGACAAAGCAAUGCGCUGCUCACCUCAGUUAUUAAUCUAUUAAUGGACAUUUUCUUCCAUAACUGUAGCUGCAUGAUAAUAAUAAUAUCACCCCAGCAUUGAAUCGGACACCUUUGCAUUACCUUAUGUGGUUAUUUUAUUGUGACGGGACUUAAUCACAACAGAAAUUAUGGUCUUUUGCAGACACAAGAUACAUUUAUUUCUCACAGCCAUUUAAAAUGUUAAUGACAUUUGCCAUUUUGUGAUCAGCGCAUGGAUGAAUGUUCAUAUAAUAGAUGUACAGUGAUGUGUUGUCUGUACAUGGUUCAGUGUUCAUGUCAGUAAUUCAACAGGCUCUUUGCAGCCAGUUUAGCUCACCAGCAUAAACUCAAUCUAAGCAUUUCCAUGAUUCAGCUGUGGAUAUUUGGGAAUAUGUAUUACUACUUUUACAUAAAAGUUCAUAUAUGUUGCUAUUGUGUAUACAAGAAUAUUAAGUACAGAAUAGCAUCAUUAGCCACAAUACAUGAUUCUUUUAGUAGAUUUGAAUUCAUGCUAUAUGCAAAAAAAUGAAGAAUACAGCAGUUUAAAUAAACAUUAGAAACAUGGCAGUGCAUGGGUUUUUUUCAAUAUUAUAGGGUCAAUGUUAAGUCUUGGAGUGCUCUAAUGCAACAUCUCUUCUUGAUAAUAUACAUAUACUUUUUUUUUAAUUGUUAUUUAAGCUUUAUGUAAUCUACACUGGGGUUUUGACAAACGUGAUGUAAAUACUUUUUUCUGCAUGUAAAAAAGUUUUGAUGGAGAAUAGCACUUUAGAUGGUAAAUAAGAGCGUGCUAGGGAAUAAAGACCUAGAGUAUGUUGACAAUGUUACCUAGAGUAUUGUAUAUGACACACAGACAUGUAUAUUUCUCUUUUUCCUUUGAAUGUUAUAUUUGUAGUCGAAUGUGCAAAUAUUUGUUGGCUGCUUUAUUUCCUGCUUUUUUGUUUUGCUUUUAUUUUCCAUUCAGAAAUACAUAAAUAGGGUAUAUAGUGCCAUGUUUUCUUAAAAACAUAUUUCUUAUAAUCUGUUACCAGUAUUUAACCUGUUCUUCGUAAAAGAAGCAUAGGCCUCUUUUUAUAUGACUGUUGCUUUAGUAGUUUCAUCUUAGUCAUAGAAACCAUAAAAACUGAAUAUCUCUGUACAGCAUUUACUGUACAUUUUUUCAAUCUUGAUGUUCAGAGUAAUGUAUUGAUUUGUGGUUUGACUACUUUUCAAUGUGCAACUUCUUUCUUGUAACUGAAAGUUAACUACAAUAAAAACAGAAGGUAAUGUGGCUUUUACCCUUUUAA